CUGCUCUUCACAGCACGAGCCGAUUGGCAUAAUGCGGAAUUACCAGCUCUGGAAACGAAGGAAGUGACCACUUUGCCGCCGCCUCGAGUCGUGGAAGAGUUGUAUCAAUAUGCGACGGAAUUGCUGGAAACAGAGAAUGCGACAUAUGGAGCCUCGCACAUGACCGGAUCUUCUUCGCAAAAGUUCUUGUCGACCAUUAUGUCGUCCGGUACACUCGAGGACAAGAUCUCGGCGUUGACACUACUGGUACAAGAGUCGCCGUUACAUACGAUGAAGGCAUUUGACAAUCUUCUAAGCUUGUCGAAGAAGAAGAGCAGAAAUCAAGCGCUCAUGGCAGUCGCUGCGCUGAAAGAUUUGCUUGGAACGGGUGUGGUGCUGCCAGCGGAUCGCAAGCUGCGAGCAUUUGGCAAACAGCCUGGCUUGUUGAGUGCGCUUCAAGGAAAGAAUUUUGGAUGGUCACCUGGCGAACCUUUGCCCGAAGGCUUGGACAAACUACACCUCCUGGUCUGGGCAUUCGAAGACUGGUUGAAGAAGAAGUACUUUGAAUUGCUGGGGAUACUUGAGACAUGGUGCAAUGAUGAGAUCGAAUACUCCAGGAGUCGUGCUAUCACAUAUGUCUGGGAGCUGCUAAAGGACAAGCCGGAACAGGAGGAGAAUUUGCUGCGCCUGCUCGUCAAUAAGCUGGGAGAUACAGACCGCAAAAUUGCGUCACGGGCUUCCUACUUGCUACUUCAGCUCGAGGUCACCCAUCCUGCGAUGAAGUUGAUCAUCACGAACAGCAUCGAGGCCGACUGUCUUUUCAGACCAGGCCAGAGUGACCACGCCAAAUACUAUGCCAUUAUUACUCUCAAUCAAACGAUCCUCAGCCAGAAGGAACAGGACACUGCGAACAGGCUGCUUGAGAUCUACUUUGCUCUAUUCGUACAGCUUUUGAAGCCGAAGGAGGCCAAGGAUGCGCCGGUGGUGAAGAUCAACACGCAUGGCAAACCUCAAGGAGGGGGUGGAAAGGCCGGCAAGAUGGCUGCGAAGAAGCGCAAAGCAGAAGAGCGGAGUGAUGAGUCCGCUGUGCAGCUUCAUGACAAGAUGAUCGCGCAGGUUCUCGCCGGUGUCAAUCGCGCCUUCCCCUUUGCCGAUACCAGCAGUGCAGCUUUCGACAGGCAGAUGGACACGAUCUUCCGCGUGGCACACUCGGCCAAUUUCAAUACGAGCAUUCAAGCACUGAUGCUCAUUCAACAAAUCUCAUCCACCAAACACUAUGGAGCGGAGAGGUUCUACAAAACUCUGUACGAGUCUCUUUGGGACCCACGACUAUUCACCUCCAGCAAGCAGGUCAUGUACCUCAACUUGUUGUAUAAGAGUCUGAAGGCAGAUCUCAACGCCAAGCGGGUGCAGGCAUUUGUGAAGCGAUUGUUGCAGGUCAUCACGAUGCACGAGCCUCCGUUCGCAUGUGGUGUGCUGUAUCUGAUCAGCGAGCUGGAGAACACUUUCCCAAGCAUACGAAAGAUGUUCACGGAGCCAGAGGUUGAUGAUGAGGAUGAAGAGGAACAUUUCGUCGAUGCUCCAGAGGAUGGAAGUGUUAUGCCCCAAGUUCAGCCUUCGACGCAGAAGAAGGUCAUCUACGACCCCCGAAAACGUGAUCCAGAGCAUUCGCAAGCCGAGCGAACAUGCCUCUGGGACAUUUUGCCACUGAUCCAACACUUUCACCCUUCGGUCGCGCUAUUUGCUGAAGCAGUAUACGGCUCCAAGGAGAUGCCUCCGAAGCCCGAUCCUACCACUCAUACGCUCAUGCACUUCCUCGACCGGUUCGUCUACCGAAAGCCGCGCUCGAAAGAAGCUGUCACACAUGGCAGCUCCAUCAUGCAACCACUUGCAGGCACCGCUGCCGCCGACAUGCUCAUCAAGCCUGGCAAGGAGGGCGUCAAGAAUGCACCAGUCAACACCGAAGCCUUCUGGGCGAAGAAGGUGGAGGACGUCGCUGCCGAUGAGGUCUUCUUUCACAGCUACUUUAACGUGGCUGGAACUAAGAAGCGCAAGACAGAAAAGGCAGACAAGAGGAGUCGUGACGACGACGAGGAUAGUGAGGACCAGGCCGAGGAUGAGAUCUGGCAGGCCAUCACGAAAUCGCGGCCCGAUGUCGAAGGACCAGAGUCGGAUGAUGAUCUCAGCAUGGCCGAUCUCGAGAGCGCAUACGACAAGAGUGACGAUGAGGAGGAUGGCAGUGAGGCCGAAUCUGAAGGCGGCAUCGAUCUUGGAGGCGACGACGACGAGGAGGCAGCCACAGGCGCUCAAUUUGACGACAUGGACGGCAGUGAUCUGGACGAGCUGCCUGAGCUCGAUGAGAGCGACGAGGAGGCCAUGUUCGACGAUGACGACGAUGUCCCAGUUGCUCUCGGCGAUGACGAGGAAGCGGAGCCUGAUUCCGCUAACGCUCGCAACAAGAAGAAGCGCAGCGAGAGGAAGAAGCUCAAGCAGCUGCCCGUCUUUGCUUCUGCAGACGACUACGCUAAAUUGCUGGGUGGGGAUGACGACGAAGAG